GCGAAUUGUUUGUGCUUUUUUAUUAUUGGUUAUAAUUGAAUUUGUAGCACACAGGCUGUGUGGUUUCUCACUGAGUUGUUUUGUACACGGAAAAAGUAACAAACCCUAGAAAAUAUGGAUCACCAAAAGCUGACGGAAUUGUUGCGUGCAACAAUUGAUCCUAAUCCCGAACAGAGGAAGGCGGCAGAAGACCAAUUGGCACAGAUACACAAAAUUAUUGGUUUUGUACCAACAAUUUUACAAAUUGUUAUGAACAACAAUGUGGAUCAACCUGUUCGUCAAGCUGGUGCUGUUUACUUGAAAAAUAUGAUUUCGAAUAACUGGGCUGAUCAUGAAGUUCAACCCGGCGAACCCAUACCAUUUUCCAUACACGAACAGGAUCGUGCCAUGAUCCGUAGCUCUAUUGUAGAUGCUAUUGUACAUUCUCCGGACAUUUUAAGUGUUCAACUGGCUGUGUGUCUAAAUUGCAUUAUAAAAAAUGACUUUCCUGGUCGUUGGCCUCAAGUUGUGGACAAUAUUAGCAUUUAUCUGCAAAAUCCCGAUAUUAAAGGCUGGAAUGGAGCUUUAAUUACCAUGUAUCAAUUGGUCAAGACAUACGAAUAUAAACGUGCCGAAGAUCGUGCGCCACUCAAUGAAGCAAUGAAUCUACUUCUACCAAUGAUCUAUCAACUAAUGUUGACCCUAAUGAACGAUCAGUCGGAGGCUUCGGUACUGAUGCAAAAACAAAUUCUCAAAAUUUACUAUGCUCUAACGCAGUACAGUUUACCUUUGGAAUUGAUAACAAAGGACAUCUUCUCGCAAUGGAUGGAAAUAUGCCGGCAAAUUGCCGAGCGACCUGUGCCCGACUGUUCACAUUUGGAGGACGAUGAAAAGCCCGAAUUUCCAUGGUGGAAAACUAAAAAGUGGGCUUUGCAUAUUAUGGUGCGCAUGUUUGAGCGUUAUGGUAGUCCACGCAAUGUAGUCAGUGACAAGUAUCAGAAAUUUGCUGAAUGGUAUUUGCCCACAUUUACUCAAGGCGUUUUGGAUGUUUUACUGAAGAUUCUAGAUCAAUAUCGUAACCGCAUCUAUGUUUCGCCCCGCGUGCUGACCGAUGUUUUGUCUUAUCUUAAGAAUGCUGUCAGCCACGCCUACUCCUGGAAAUUAAUUAAGCCCCAUAUGGUUGCUAUUAUUCAAGAUGUACUCUUCCCCCUUAUGUCAUUUUCUGAACAAGAUCAAGAACUGUGGGAAUCUGAUCCCCAUGAAUAUAUUAAAUUGAAAUUUGAUAUAUUUGAGGAUUACGCUACUCCAGUGCCCGCUGCUCAAUCAUUGUUGCAUUCUUGCUGUAAGAAACGUAAGGGCAUUUUACCCAAGGCCAUGACAAUUAUUAUGCAGAUAAUCACCUCUCCAAAUGCCGACAAUAAGCAAAAGGAUGGCGCUCUACACAUGAUUGGUACAUUAGCCGAUGUCCUAUUGAAGAAACGCAUUUACCGCGAUCAAGUUGAAAAUAUGUUGACCACCUACGUUUUCCCUGAAUUCCAAAACCCUGUUGGUCACAUGCGUGCCCGUGCCUGUUGGGUUCUUCACUACUUCAGCGAAAUCCAAUUGCAAAAUCCUCAAAUAUUGGCUGAAAUUAUUCGCCUGACAACCAAUUGUCUGCUGAACGAUCAGGAGCUACCCGUUAAAGUCGAAGCCGCCAUUGGUCUGCAAAUGUACUUGAGUUGCCAAGACGAUGCGGCACAGUAUUGCGAAGCACAAAUUAAAGAAAUCACCAAAGAAUUGCUUACAAUUAUCCGUGAAACUGAGAAUGAAGACCUUACAAAUGUUUUGCAAAAGAUUGUGGGCACUUUCUCCGAACAAUUGCUGCCCGUCGCCGUGGAAAUCUGUCAACAUUUGGCCACCACCUUUAGCCAUGUUUUGGAAUCUGAAGACGGAGGCGAUGAAAAGGCCAUCACCGCUAUGGGUCUGUUGAAUACCAUUGAAACUCUUUUGAGUGUAAUGGAGGAGCAUCCGGAGGUCAUGAGCAAUCUCCAUCCCAUUGUUAUUAAUGUUGUGGGUCAUAUAUUCCAAAAUAAUAUAACUGAUUUCUAUGAGGAGACCUUCUCGCUAGUCUAUGACUUGACCGCAAAAACAAUAUCCCCCGAAAUGUGGAAGAUGUUGGAAUUGAUUUAUCAGGUAUUCCAGAAGGGUGGUAUCGAUUACUUCAUUGAUAUGAUGCCAGCUUUGCACAAUUAUGUUACCAUUGACACACCAGCAUUCUUAUCGGAUCCAUGCCGUUUAUUGGCCAUGUUCGAAAUGUGCAAAACUAUGUUAACUACCAACCCAGGCGAAGAUCCCGAGUGUCAUGCAGCCAAGUUGUUGGAAGUUAUUAUUCUCCAGUGCAAGGGACAAAUUGAUUCUGUAAUACCGGCAUUUGUUGAAUUGGCCUUGGGACGUCUAACGAGAGAAGUACAGUCCUCAGAAUUGCGUACCAUGUGUCUGCAGGUUGUAAUUGCCGCCUUAUAUUAUAAUCCCCAAUUGUUAUUGUCGAUUUUGGAUAAAAUGUCUCAGCAAAAUAAUGAGUCCAUAUCGGCACAUUUCAUCAAACAAUGGAUACAUGACACCGAUUGUUUCCUUGGUAUUCACGAUCGCAAGUUGUGUGUUUUGGGCUUAUGUACUCUCAUUUCGCUGGGAGAUAGUAAACCACAAGUAUUAAGCGAAGUUGCUGAUAAAAUUAUACCAUCUUUAAUUUUAUUGUUCGAUGGACUUACUCGAGCCUAUGAAUCACGUGCUCAAGAAGAGGAAGAGGAGGAGGAAGAGGACAAUGACGAUUGUGAAGAGGCUUUGUCUAGCGAUGAAGAUGAUAUUGACGAAUUUGCUCCCGACUAUUUGGAGCAAAUAGCCGAGUUCAGCAAAACUAAGGCUGCUGAAGCUGGUUUUGAAAUGAAGACUGAAAUUAGGUCUGACGAUGAGGACGAUGAAGAUGAAGAAGAUUCAAUUGAUGAAUUAAACGAAACUGCCCUGGAGGGCUACACUACUCCCCUAGAUGAUGAAGAGGAUGAAAAUGCUAUCGAUGAAUUUGUCACGUUCAAAAACGUCAUUGCUGCUCUAUCUACACAAGAUCAGGCCUGGUAUGCCUUACUUACAUCUGGUUUGACACCAGAACAAACAAAAGCUUUACAAGAUGUAGUAACGACAGCUGAUCAACGCAAAGCCGCCAAGGAAUCGAAACUAAUAGAAAAACGUGGUGGUUUCGCAUUUACCCAACAAACAGUACCAUCGACAUUUAAAUUUGGUUCAUAAUAAUUAUGAACCAAC